AUGGACGUAUAUGUCCAGAUCACAGGCCUGGACUUGGGGAGAACGCGCAGGGUCAAAGCACUGUUGGAUAGUGGCUGUAGUACCUGCUGCAUCAAUACCGACUACGUGCAGGCAGAGAAGUUGGAUAUCCAAGAGCUUCCACAACCCAUUGUGGCUCGUAAUGCUGACAACACCGUGAACAUCAGCGGUCGGAUCACGCACUACGUUGACCUAAGGAUGAGAAUCGGUCCUCAUGUGGAGACACGCACGUUCCUUCUGACAUGCUUAGGGAAAGCCCAGAUCUUCAUCGGUCUUGAUUGGCUGAUGGAACACAACCCUGAGGUGGAUUGGCAGGAGCAGACCAUGAAAUUCAGUCAAUGCCCAGAGCGGUGUCACAUGAGGGGUCACGAGGAGCACCAAGCAAUGAUCGACAUGGAUGCAAUUGACCUGGACACGGGCGCACCAGAUCUGGAAGAGGGAGAAUCGAUCUUGUUGGUCAAUUUUGGGAAGGAAGUGGAUCUAUGUGGCAAUCAACCAAAAACAAUAGUCGAAAAGAGAAGUGAAUUCGAAGACUGGAGAAUACAACCAGGUAGCUACAGUAUUUAUACCCAAAUCCAGUCUGAGUCAUAUCUACAACUAAUGAGUCAUAGGGCUAUGUACCGCAUGGAACACUGGUCAUGGGUUGUAGUAGAACCUUCCGGAGCAUAUGUCGCGCAGCCUUGA